UCAUUAACCUAAAUAUGAGCAAUUGUUGAAGGUUACUUCACAUAAUAAACAAUCAAUAGUGCAUCGAACAAUAUAGUUUAUCAUGAGAUGGCGGUUGAUAAGGCAGGGUGCAGGGCGCUUUCUUAUCAAAACAUUUGAAAACAUGUAAAUGGUCCUUUAUCUCAAUUUGUUGACCGCUGUACGCACAAAGGCUAUGAGUGAGUAAUUAAACAGUUUGUGGAUCGGUCGAGGAUUGGGCUAAGUUCAGUUCUGUUCUGUUCGUUGUUUGGUAGAGACCUUAAUUAAAUUUGCGCAACUCAUAGUUAUCUGUCUAUCAGGUGUUUUAUCAUAUCAAUCUGAUAUAAAUCUCGUGUGCAUUUUGUUCUCACGACGCGUCUGUCGAGUAUGUGAUUUCUUCCGCUCGUUUUGAAACAAUGGCCAACAGAAUGACUAUCACCGCCACAGCACCCCCGGACGGUGGUUACGGUUGGGUCAUCGUGGUUUGCUUCUUAAUUAUCAAUUCAUGUCUGCUGCCUUUGACACAAUGUUUUGGAAUAAUCUACGGAAAACAAUUCUCAGACAUGAACAUCACCGCAGCGGAAAUUUCGUUUCUUCUGCAUCUCAACAACUCGGUGAUGUGCAGUUUAGGUUUAUUCAGUGGUCCUUUACUGAAACGCUUCGACUUUCGGCAAGUUUCCUUCAUGGGAUCAUGUCUGGUAUGCUUAGGUAUAUUAGCAACGGCUUUCGCUAAAAGCUACGAAGCCUUGAUUGUAACAGUUGGCAUCAUAAUAGGGGCAGGUCAAGGAAUUUUGAUGCCUGGAAUGUAUAUAGCCGUGAAUUCUUACUUCAAGCGGCGUUUGACGUUGGCCAUAAGCGUGCAGGUGACCGGGGCUUCUCUAACUCAGAUAUUCAUGCCUCAGGUGUGCCGUUUCCUGCUGGAGGAGUACGAUGUUCAGGGUACGAUCCUGAUUCUCGCUGGAAUAUCACUGAAUGUCAUCCCGAUGGCGAUCCUGCUAAGACCCCUAAAGAAACCGGACCCACCGCCCGUCCAGCAAACUCAAUCGGAUCACGAACUCGAGUCCAGUGAGAAGGGUCAUGUCUCCGAGCGGUUAUUGUCACCGGUUUAUCGUGAAACAACAGUUCCCGCAAAAAAUAAACAGCGUCGAUGCGCUGGAAUUAUUAAAAUGCUGGAUUUAGAACUGUUUGCCGAUCGUGUAUACGUGAUCAUAAUCAUAGGCAUGGGUAUUUCCUUUGUUUCCGAACUGAACGUUAUAUUAAUGACGCCGUUCAUUCUCGAUGAGUUGGCGGGAUUUGCUAAAAAGGACGUAGCCACCGCGAUGAGCGUGCAAGCAUCUGCGGAUAUCAUAGGCCGGCUGGUUAUCCCGAUUAUCGCUCAUAGGGGUGGCGUUCCAUCAAAAGUCAUGUACAUCAUCUCAUUGCUAGGAUCAUCAUUAGGGAGGACAGUGCUAUCCAUAUACUACGGUGAAUACUACGUCGUGUUCCUGGCUUGUGCCAUCGUCGGGUUAUCCAAAGGCAUCAAAGCCGUCUUUCAAUCCGUCAUUAUACCCAAACACGUGAGCCCGGACAGAUUAGCCGCAGCUACCGGCCUAAACAUGAUAUCCAACGGUAUCCUAUCUUUGAUUUUAGGUCCCUUAAUCGGCUGGUCCCACGACAUCAGCGAAUCUUACGUGUACUCUUUACAUGUAGCUACUGCUCUUUCCUUAUUCUGCGUUGCCUUAUGGACCGUUGAUUACUUACUAUCGCCAAAGAAACCAAGCCAAAUUGAAGGACCAUAAAUUCUCAACCACAUAUACACUUAUUUUUGUUACUAAAAUGUUUUUGAUAUUCUUCUGUUUUUUUACUUAUCAACUUGUUG